AACUCUUCAGAAAGUAUCUAUGAUGACUAUAGCACUGUCUUUUUGCAGUGGCCCGAAAUGACAACAGAACAAUUGUUUCUCGGUGAUGAAGGUCGUGAAAGAUCAACUAAGAAAACGGAUAGAGUUUGGAACACAGACCUUUUAUCACACAGCUUCAAGAGUGACACCACAGAGCAACAUGCGAAUCCCAAGGAAUUGGACUCUUUUCUAAACAUCGUCACUUGGCCCAUUGGUGGUGCUGAUCACUCAAGUAUGACAUUACUCACAGAGGGCGUACAGAUUAAAGAGGUCAAAACAUCUUCUACACCAUUGGAGGAAAGUGUUUAUUGGGAGUCGCCAUCAUGGGUUGAUAAUAUGGUCUUUAAUUCCACGAGUACAACAUGUUCCAAUAUCAGUUCAACAUUCUCAACACCAUUUUCUCCCAAGUUCUUACACUCUCAGGGCUCUACAUUACAGAGGUCCCCAAUAGGGGAGUCUCCGAAGUCUGACAUGGAUAUUACUCAAGCACAGAAAAUUAUUGAAGAAGGAUCUUUGCUUGAUCAAGACCGAAUAGCGAGAGUUUCGAAGCGUGUCGUUGACGUUACAGAAGGCGAAGCCGAUGCAAGCGUUCACCUCAAAGACUCUGCUUCAGAUAAAGCUUUAAUUUCCCCAGAAAAAGCUGGCUCUUUGGGGAGGGAUAAAUUGAUAAAGCAAAAUGCAACUAGAAAGCAAAGGGUAUACAAAUCUACAUUAUCGAAUACUUAUGGAGACCAUCAGAGCCAUGUACCUAUCGUGCCUCAAUUAAAGGGAAACAAAGCCAUCUGGAACAAGAUUGAAGAGAAGAAGAAGAAAGGGUAUUAUAAGUGUGGACAUUGUGACUCUACAUUUACCUCGAUGAUGACCCUCGCAGAGCAUAUUGACGAGGAAAAGAUUAAACGUCCCUACAGAUGCCCCUUUAAUGAUUGCCCAUGGUCCAUCCUUGGCCUUCCUCGACGUGCUGAAGUUCGCAGACAUUGUGCGGCACAACAUUCUACUUUAAUUGAUCCCACAAAGCUGAUACCGGAUGCUUCUCCAAAAGAGCCACUUGAAUUUACAGAAGCUGAAAGCUAUCAAUGCUCUAGUGCGUUGUGUCAAAAAUGCUUCAAAAGACGUGAUGCUAGAUUAAGGCACGAGAAACUGGUUCACAAUAACCCUCAAUCGCGGUUCAACAAAAGAUUACAUGGACUAAGGGUGAAGUACAAUACUGAUGAUGUCGUGGAGCUGGCACAGUUAAUCGAGAAGCUCAAAUGA